CUGUCUUGCCCCUCUCGGGCCUCCUUGACAAAGACAGGUAUGUCUUGUAUGAAUAACAGAUAGUUGUUAACUAGUAGCAUUUCACUUUUUUUUUUGCGAUUUAUAUUUUUAGUCACCUGUCUUGUAUUCACGACAAACAACACUGCGCUGCAAUAACGCAGGGAACUCCGGCAUAAAUCCCAUCGAUAUGCUAUAAUGAUUAGUCUUCCAGCGCGUGGACUGUUUUACAGUGGCUCAUCAUUCGUCAGUGAAUGAACAGAUUGGCUGCCGUUAGCCGGUGUAGACCAUAGACUGUGGUGUAGACCCGUCAGUUCUAUUAUUGCAGAUUUUUGUCAGCAGUACAAUGGAUAAAACAUUUAAGUUGUAUUCGGACAAAGCCGAAGACGUCGCUACCUCCUCUAGUUUCCGCCAGUUUAAAAUAGAUCAUUUUCAUCUCGAUCUUAAAGUGGACUUUGAGCAGAAAACCAUAUCAGGUACCGAAACAAUACAGCUGCAGUGCAUUCAGGAUGGUCAAAGUGAGUUACAGCUGGAUAUUCAUCCAACACUGUCUGUACAUGAGAUCACGUUCAGUCAUAAUGCACGUGACUGGACCACAACAGAAUUUCUGAUUCGAGACUUCACCAAUUAUGGGACAACUCUGGACGUGAAGUUUCCAAAACCUUUCAACUCAGAUGACAAACUUCAACUUGCAAUCAAAUAUACAGCUACUGAUGGACCAGGGGUGUGUUGGCUGGAACCAGAGCAGACUGCGGGAAAGCUCAAGCCUUAUGUUUUUACUCAAGGCCAGGCUGUUCUCAACCGCUCCUUCUUCCCUUGCUUUGAUACUCCAGGAGUAAAAAGCACCUACUCUGCAACAGUUCAGGUUCCUGAUGGCUUCACAGCAGUUAUGAGCGCUAGUAAAUGGGAACAGAGGGAAGCAGACAGCACUUUCCUGUUCACCAUGGAGCAUCCCAUUCCUGCAUACCUGGUAGCUCUGGCAGUAGGGGACCUGCGGUCUGCUGAGGUGGGACCCAGGACACGUGUCUGGACCGAGCCUUGUUUACUGCAGGCUGCCAAGCAGGAGUAUGAUAAUGUGAUUGAAGAGUUCCUGUCUGUGGGAGAGAAACUGUUUGGACCCUACGUUUGGGGAAGAUAUGACGUGCUGUUCAUGCCUUUCUUAUUUAUUCCUCUAAUGAUGAGAGCACUGGCCGGCGAUCGUUCUCUCGCUGACGUCAUUGUACACGAGAUCUGCCACAGCUGGUUUGGAAACCUCGUCACCAACGCCACCUGGGGUGAUUUCUGGCUGAACGAGGGCUUCACCAUGUAUGCUCAGCGCAGGGUUUGCAGGGAGCUGUAUGGAGAGGCUUAUACGUGUUUGGAGGCGGCGACCGGUAAAGCUCUUCUCCGUCAGCACAUGGACAACACUGGAGAAGACCAUCCUCUCAAUAAACUACGGGUUAAGAUCGAACCAGGUGUUGAUCCUGAUGAUACCUACAAUGACACGCCCUAUGAGAAAGGUUUCUGCUUUGUUUCCUACCUUGCCCACCUCGCAGGAGAUCAGUCACGCUUUGACGCAUUCCUCAAGGCUUAUGUGGACAAGUUCAAGUUCAGAAGUGUGUUGGCAGAAGAUGCGUUGGAGUUUUACCUGGAAUAUUUUCCAGACCUGAAAGAAAAGAAUGUCCACAAAAUUGAAGGUCUGGAUUUUGACAGCUGGCUCAAUGUACCUGGUUGGCCUCCAUAUGUUCCCGACCUCUCUGCUGGCCAGGAGCUGAUGAAACCAGCAGAGCUGUUAGCUGAAAUGUGGGUCAAUCAUAACCCAGACUUGGAAUCUAUCUACAAAACUGAUAUAAAACCGUGGAAGACCUACCAAACUGUCUACUUCUUGGACAAGAUCCUUGAGAAGUCACCACUUCCAGAUGGUCACAUAAAGAAGCUGGAGGAGUGCUACUCGUACAUUAUUGAGUCCAACAAUGCCGAGCUAAAAUUGCGAUGGGCCCAGAUUGUUGCAAAGAACCAGCAUAAACCAGGAUUCCAACAUAUUCGCAAUUUCCUCACAAGCCAGGGGAAACAGAAGUACACAUUACCAGUUUAUCGGGCCCUUUGGAAUGGAUCAGAAGAGACAAAGACUCUGGCAAUGGAAGUUUUCUCAGCCACCUCGAAACAGCUUCACUUCAACGUCCGCAAUUAUGUCAAAAAGAUAAUAGCUUGAGCAUAAAUGAAAUAGGAAAAUAUAAGGGAAAACAAUGUAUGCAAUGAUCUGCUUUUAAAAGCACCCGGGUAUCUUAAAAUUAUGGGGCUUUGAGUAUUGACUUAACAAUAUGUAUUAAUUAUUCAGGAAAUUGAAUUAUGGUUUUUUGAAUUUGUGAAUUAUAUUUGUGUUUUUACUAAAUCAAAUAUUUUCCAGGCAUUUAAUUACU